AUGAGAGUAAAAUAAAAUGAUAAAUUGAUUUUUGUUGCGUUUGUAAAUAAUUAUUAAUCAAAAAUUUAGAAUAUGCAAAUAUACCCAAUGAGUAGUGAUGAUUCCCCUAUAAAUGAAGUUAUAUUUGGAAGUGGAAAUAAGAAUGGAUUAAAUCAAAUGAAGAAGAUCCAUAUUGCUAAGACUUCACGAUAUUUGUAUUAGAAUAUGUAAUGAAUAGAUUGCCACUUUACAAUCUUCCACCUUCAACUGAAUCCAGGAAUACAUUGUCAAGAACAGACUCUCAUCUGAAGUUUAGUNCUUCAAUUUAUUAGAUAAUGAGAUACAUAAAAAUAUUCAAAUAUCAACUAAUUAGAUGA